UCAUAAUGGCCAGGUUGAAUGACAUGUUCAGUUUCUUUCUCAUUAGGUCCUAUGCCUGUAUAUUCUUGCUUUCUCUGUGUGCAGGUUUCUUCCUCUGCACAACUCAGUCUGGGUGUGUUUGAGUAAUUGCAAUAAAAGAUGAUUGAUUAGUUUGAUAAGCACAUGCCAUUUUUCACAGCUAUUUUGCUAAUUUGGUUUCAGCAUCCAAGUUGUCAAGCACCCACUGUCUUUUGUAUGGCAUAAGGGUAAUGGGCCUGACGUUGAAAUAGUUGCGGGACUGGGAGAGCUGUAGAAUUGUGCUGAGUCAGCUACAUAUCCUCCCAUUCUUCAAAUAUCACAAGUAUUGGCGGUUGGAUUGAUCCUAUUAAGAACGUAGUCCUUUCUCAAGCCUAGUUCUGUCACAAAUCUGUGGCACAAGUUCCACCCUACUCGAGAAAAUGAUUCAUUAUUGUCAUGAACUGUUAUUCAUAGUCAUCCUAUUUUUCUUUUUUAUUUAUUUAUUUCACCUUUAUUUAACCAGGUAGGCAAAUUGAGAACACGUUCUCAUUUACAAUUGCGACCUGGCCAAGAUAAAGCAAAGCAGUUCGACACAUACAACAACACAUAGUUACACAUGGAGUAAAACAAACAUACAGUCAAUAAUACAGUGAAAAUAAGUCUAUAUACAAUAUGAGCAAGUGAGGUGAGAUAAGGGAGGUGAAGGCAAACAAAAUAUAUAUAUAAAUAAAUAAAUAAAUAUAUAAAAAGGCCAUGGUGGCGAAGUAAAUACAAUAUAGCAAGUAAAAAAAAAUAACACUGGAAUGGUUGGUUUGCAGUGGAAGAAGGUGCAAAGUAGAGGGUAAAUAAUGGGGUGCAAAGGAGCAAAAUAAAUAAAUACAGUAGGUAAAGAGGUAGUUGUUUGGGCUAAAUUAUAGAUGGGCUAUGUACAGGUGCAGCAAUCUAUGAGCUGCUCUGACAGCUGGUGCUUAAAGCUAGUGAGGGAGAGUUGUUGGAAACAUUUAGUGGGGCCAGUGGCUCUUCUCGCUCUCUGCAGAGUGGACCACUGUGACAAGGACCUAUGGCAGUUCCCUGUUAAAAUAGAGGAAGAGCUGUUUUGUUGCUCCACGUGCUCAACCCUUUGUGUUUGUGUGUUUUUGUCACCCCCUCCCUCCUCUUUCCCUGUCAGUGUUAGUCAGCAGGAUAGGAGAGGGGUUUCUCUUAUUUUUUUGUUUAUCAUGAAAAUAUAUUUUUUGUUCCCAGUCCUUUUUUUUUCUUCUAAACCUAAUUUCCUCAACUACACUAGACCUCUCAACAUGUUUACCAGUAUAUUAUUUGUUAUUUUCCAUCUCUAGCAGACCCCACAUCCUCCUGCUGCCUGGCUUCAAUUGUUUACAUAACUUUGACCCUCCCACUUACAGCCUCACUGGCAGUGACAGCCUAUAGCACGUUUGCUUCCUGUGAUGCGGGGGACUAAUAGGCACCGUAUUGGCUUGAUAGCUGUGUUUGUGCAAUGUGAGAAUAGAAACGUGAGCAGGGGGUGAUUGAGAAGGGGAGGGGCAGGCACACACGUGCUGAGAAGCGCUGUGGAGAAGAUCAGAAACAGGCAAUGUGCCACCUUCAUUCAGACAGAUUUAUAUACAGCCUCUCUUACAAGGUACAGUUCUUUUCCUGACCGGCCAUUGUCUGCACUUCAGUAUGCCUGUGGACAUUGAGAUUAUUUAAGCUGGCCAUGCCCCCUCUUUCUAGAUCUCCUUGUGCACUUCAUGUUAGGCGUAUGUUAUCAGAUUUACAAGAGUGGGUACUGGGUAGGUAUUUCCUUGGCUAAUGGGCCCUAGACAGUUCCUCCACUGCUUCAACAACAUUCUUCAACCCUGUUCCUAUUUUAUACCAUUUAGUUAUUUUUUUGUUGUAUUUUUGUUAUUACUAUUGUAAAGUGUCUUGGGUCCAUUAAAAGUGCUAUAUAAACCCCAUAUACAGUGCCUUUGGAAAGUAUUCAGACCCCUUGACUUUCAACACAUUUUGUUAGGUUUCAGCCUUACUUGAAAAUGUAUUAAAUUGUUUGUUUUCCCUCAUCAAUCUACACACAAUACCUCCUAAUGAAAAAGCAAAAACUGGUUUUGAUACAUUUUUGCUGAAAUAUUACAUUUACAUAAGUAUUCAUACCCUUUACUCAGUACUUUGUUAAAGCACCUUUGGCAGCGAUUACAGCCUUGAGUCUUCUUGGGUAUGACGCAACAAGCUUGGCGCACCUGUAUUUGGGGAGUUUCUCCCAUUCUUAUCUGCAGAUCUGCUCUCAUGUUGGAUCGGGAGCGUUGCUGCACAGCUAUUUUCAGGUCUCUCCAGAGAUGUUCGAUCGGGUUCAAGUCCGGUCUUUCACUGGGCCACUCAAAAAAAUUACAGGCCUCUCUCAUCUUUUUAAGUGGGAGAACUUGCACAAUUGGUGGCUGACUAAAUACUUUUUUGCCCCACUGUAUGUAAAUAUAUUUCAGUUUUUUGUUUUAAAUAAAUUUGCAAACAUUUCUUAACUUGUUUUUUGCUGUGUCAUUAUGGGGUAUUCUAUGGAGAUGGAUGAGGAUUGUUUUAUUGAAUCCAUUUUAGAAUAAGGCUGGUAACGUAACAAAAUGUGGGAAAAGUAAAUGAGUCAGAAUACAGUUGAAGUCAAAUACAUUUCAACUCAAUUUUUUCACAAUUCCCAACAUUUAAUCAGAGUAAAAAUUCCCUGUCUUAGGUCAGGAUCACCACUUUAUUUUAAGCAAGUGAAAUGUCUGAAUAAUAGUAAAGAGAAUGAUUUAUUUCAGCUUUAAUUUAUUUCAUCACAUUCCCAGUGGGUCAGAAGUUUACAUACACUGAAUUAGUAUUUGGUAGCAUUGCCUUUAAAUUGUUUAACUUGGGUCAAACGCUUCGGGUAUCCUUCCACAAGCUUUUGUUUUGAAGAAUGAGCACGAAAGGGCACAUUGCAAAAGUGGAUAGGUGGGGGCUCUCAGAGUGAGUUCUGCGUAACAGAGGCGGCCAUUGUUCCUCCCUGUCCUAGUGAAAAGCCAACUGUCCCGGUUGAUAUAUUAUCGAAUAGAUAUUUGAAAAACACCCUGAAGAUGGAUUAUAAAAAACAUUUGACAUGUUUCUGUGGACAUCAUGGAUAUAAUUUUGGAUUUUUGUCAGCGUUGUCGCGAGCGCUCUUUCCGGUGGAUUCCUGGGCAUAACGCAUCAAACUAACGGAGUUAUUUGGAUAUAAAAAAUAUCUUUGUGGAACAAAAGGAACAUUUGUUCUCUAACUGGGAGUCUCAUGAGUGAAAACAUCCGAAGAUCAUCAAAGGAUGCACUGGAAACGGCGGCAAGGGCAGAGGGUGGUUUGUCCCUGGACGGUGGCGCUCCCUACAUGAAAGAGCUGGAGGAGGAAGCAGUGCGGAGCAAAUACCAACACAGCGUCGGCGUCCUCAAACCUAUCCGCUCCACCAGCAAGCACGAGCACCCGGUGGACAAUGCGGGCCUCUUCUCCUUCAUGACCUUCAACUGGCUGACGCCGUUGGCCGUUCUCGCCCACCGCAAAGGCCAGCUGCAGCUGGAGGAUGUGUGGGCCGUGUCCCAGUUUGAAAGCUGCAAGGUCAACCGCCACAGGCUGGCCGGCCUGUGGGAGGAGGAGCGCAGGGUGAAAGGGGACGAGGCCUCCCUGUGCGGUGUGGUCUGGGUGUUCUGUCGGACGCGCCUUCUUCUCUCCAUCCUCUGCCUCAUGGUCACCCAGCUAGCCGGCUUCAGUGGCCCAGCCUUUGUGGUGAAGCGUCUUUUGGAGUACACAGAGCAGGCAGAGCCCGAUCUUCCAUACGGCCUGCUGCUUGUCGUGGGGCUGCUGUGCACCGAGCUGGUCCGCUCCUGGUCACUGGCGCUCACCUGGGCCCUCAACUACCGCACAGGCACCCGCCUGCGGGGAGCCAUCCUCACCAUGGCCUUCCACAAGAUCCUCCGGCUCCGCAGCAUCCGAGACAAAUCCAUGGGACAGUUGAUCAACAUGUGUUCUAACGACGGCCAGCGGAUGUUUGAGGCUGCGGCGGUGGGCAGUCUGCUGGCAGGCGGGCCUCUUAUUGCUGUGCUGGGGAUGGGCUUCAACCUGGCUAUCCUGGGGCCCACCUCCUUACUGGGCUCUGCAGUCUUUAUCCUCUUCUACCCUGCUAUGAUGUUCAGCUCAAGGCUGACGGCCUACUUCAGGAGGAAGGGCGUGGCCGUGACGGACCGACGGGUGCAGAAGAUGAACGAGAUCCUCAACUACAUCAAGUUCAUCAAGAUGUAUGCCUGGGUCAAGGCCUUCUCCCAGGAUGUGCGCAGGAUUCGAGAGGAGGAGCGCAUCAUCCUAGAGAGGACCGGCUACUUCCAGAGCAUCACAGUGGGCGUGGCUCCCAUCGUUGUGGUGAUCGCCAGCGUUGCCACCUUUUCCACUCACAUGCUUCUGGGCUACGACCUCACAGCUGCUCAGGCAUUUACAGUGGUGACUGUUUUCAACGCCAUGACCUUUGCCCUAAAGGUCACCCCUUUCUCUGUCAAGUCCCUGUCCGAAGCAUCAGUAGCCAUGGAGAGGUUCAAGAGUCUGUUCCUGAUGGCGGAGGUGGAGAUGAUCCGGGACAAGCCCCAGAAUCCUCAGGUUGCUGUGGAAAUGACGGGCGCCAGCCUAGCCUGGGAGACGGCGGGUCACAGUACCCAGCCCACGCCCCGUGGCACCCCCUUGGUUGGCGCCACGCUGAGGCACGGGCGGCGGAGGCCCGCCCAGAAGGACAAGGCAGGGGAGCAGGCAGGGCGUCUGCUGAAAGAGGGGGAGAUCCUGUCCAGCCCCGAGGGCAACUCCCCUCCCAUCCCCUCCGUCAGCCAGCGGCUGCAGAGGACCCUGCACUGUGUGGACCUCACCGUUCAGCAGGGGAAGCUGACUGGGAUCUGUGGAAGCGUGGGCAGUGGGAAGACCUCUUUGAUCUCUGCCAUCCUUGGACAGAUGACCCUGCUGGAGGGGAAGGUGGCAGUGAACGGGGACUUUGCCUAUGUGGCCCAGCAGGCCUGGAUUCUCAAUGCCACGCUCAGGGACAACAUCCUCUUUGGGAAAGAGUACGAGGAGGAGAGGUUCCAGGCUGCUCUGAGUGCAUGCUGUCUGAGACCUGACCUGGCUAUCCUGCCCAACGCCGAUCUGACUGAGAUCGGAGAGCGUGGCGCCAACCUGAGUGGCGGGCAGCGCCAGCGGAUCAGCUUGGCACGUGCCCUGUACAGUGACCGAGCCAUCUACAUCCUGGACGACCCGCUCAGCGCACUGGAUGCCCACGUGGGCAACCACAUCUUCAACAACGCCAUCAAAAAGCAGCUCCGCCACAAGACGAUCAUCUUUGUCACUCACCAGCUGCAGUACCUGGUGGACUGCGAUGAUGUCAUCUUCAUGAGGGAGGGCAGCAUCACGGAGCAGGGCCGCCACGAGGACCUGAUGCGUCUCAAUAGAGACUACGCAGCCAUGUUCAACAACCUACAGCUGGGAGAGACGUCCUUCAUAGAGGUGCCAACUAAGAAGUCUGGGAACUCCUUAAAGAAACCCCCAGAGAACACGAAGUCUGGAUCUAUAAAGAAGGACAAGCCUGUUGGCAAAGACAGCGGCCAGCUGAUGCAGGUGGAGGAGCGCAGGGGGGGCUCGGUCCCCUGGUCUGUGUACGGCGUCUACAUCCAGGCCUCGGGUGGAGCGCUGGCCUUCCUCCUAAUUCUGGCCCUCUUCGUCCUCAACGUGGGCAGCACGGCCUUCAGCAACUGGUGGCUCAGCUACUGGAUCAAGCAGGGCAGCGGGAAUACCACGGUGUUGGUGGGGAACAGUUCGGUUGUGAGUGAAAGCAUGAGGGACAACCCCCUGAUGCAGCGCUACGCUGGAGUCUACGCCUCGUCUAUGGGUGUCAUGCUGCUGCUAAAACUGCUGCGCGGCAUCAUAUUUGUCAAGGGCACUUUGCAGGCUUCGUCCAGGCUUCACGAGGAGCUCUUCCGGAAGAUUCUCCGCAGCCCCAUGAAGUUCUUUGACACCACGCCCACUGGACGUAUCCUCAACCGCUUCUCUAAAGACAUGGACGAAGUGGACACGCGGCUGCCGUUCCAGGUAGAGAUGUUCAUCCAGAAUGUCAUCCUGGUCUUCUUCUGUCUGGGCGUGAUCGGCAGCAUCUUCCCCUGGUUCUUAGUGGCUGUGGGGCCCCUGGUGCUGCUCUUCACCAUGCUCCACAUGGUGUCGCGCGUGUUCAUCCGCGAGCUCAAGCGCCUAGACAACGUCACCCAGUCGCCCUUCGUCUCGCACAUCACCUCCAGCAUCCAGGGCCUCUCCACCAUCCACGCCUACAACAGGGGCCACGAGUUCCUGGAAAGGUAUCAGGAGCUCCUGGAUCAGAACCAGGCUCCUUUCUACCUGUUCAGCUGUGCCAUGCGCUGGCUGGCCGUGCGGCUGGACGUCAUCAGUGUGUCUCUGAUCAGCAUCACAGCGCUCAUGAUAGUCCUCAUGCAUGGCCAGAUCCCCCCGGCCUAUGCCGGCCUGGCCAUCUCCUACGCUGUGCAGCUCACAGGGCUGUUCCAGUUCACAGUCAGACUAGCCUCUGAAACUGAGGCUCGCUUCACUUCUGUGGAGAGAAUUCACCACUACAUUGAGUCUCUAGCGCUGGAGGCCCCGGCCCGCAUCAAGAACAAGGCGCCCCCACCAGACUGGCCCCAGGAGGGUGAGGUGGUGUUUGAUGGGACUGAGAUGAGGUACAGAGACAAUUUGCCACUGGUUCUCAAGAACUUGUCCUGCACCAUCCGGCCCAAGGAGAAGAUUGGCAUAGUGGGCCGGACGGGCUCAGGGAAGUCUUCUCUGGGGGUAGUUCUGUUCCGUCUGGUGGAGCCCUGUGGCGGCUCCAUCAAGAUAGACGGCAUCAACAUCUGUGACAUCGGCCUGGCCGACCUCCGCAGCAAGCUGUCCAUUAUCCCUCAGGAGCCUGUGCUGUUCAGCGGCACAGUCAGGUCAAACCUGGACCCCUUUAACCAAUACGCAGAGGAGCUGAUCUGGGACGCUCUGGAGCGGACACACAUGAAGGAGUGUGUGUCUCAGCUCCCCCUGAAGCUGGAGUCAGAGGUGGUGGAGAACGGAGAGAACUUCUCCGUGGGAGAGAGACAGCUGCUCUGUGUUGCUAGAGUCCUGCUCAGACAGUGCAAGGUCCUGAUCUUGGACGAGGCAACGGCAGCAAUGGACUCGGAGACGGAUUCUCUGAUCCAGGAGACAAUCCGCAAUGCCUUUCAGGACUGCACCACCCUGACCAUAGCCCACCGGCUGCACACCGUACUCAACUGUGACCGCAUCAUGGUGCUCAACCAGGGACAGGUGGUGGAGUUUGAUGAGCCGUCCAAACUGCUGACCAAUGAGAACUCUCGAUUCUGUUCCAUGCUUGCUGUCGUGGAGAACAAGAUCUCUGUGAAAGGCUAAAAUGGGUACAGGAGGCACAGACAUGCCCUGGAGAUGAGGAGAGGGGAGGACGCUCCCAAAGGGGUCCAGCCAUUCGACAGCUCCCUCCGUGGUCUCACCCUCCUCCUCCUCGUACCCACCCUGAGCUUACCGCUCAGCCUGUGGAGGGGUGCAGCAUCGGACCAUGGAAUUAUAAUUCUACGGUUGCGUCAGGUCCUUGGUAUAAGGCAAGGGCUGCCCUGAGGAGAUGCUUGGUCAGAAGCCAUUUCAGCUGGAAUGGUCAGGGAACCACUGAUACUGUACUGUCUUUAGUAAUAUAUAAGAAAUAAAGCUUUACAUGUAGCUAUA